CUCAUUUCUCUCCUCUAAAAUUCUCACAGAUCUUCCUUUCAUCUUCAUUUUCGUUUCUCUUACGAUCGAGAUGAUGACUCGCACAAACCUAAACAGAUUGUUAGCCGCCGUUUUGGUUAUCUUCCUCGGCGCCGCCUUGUUCAUCUCCAGCCUCACCGGAACAGGACCCUCCUUCCUCUGCUCUCUCCCUAAUCCCAUUGACGAUUAUCACCCCACGGCAACACAGCUCCAGGCGGUGCUCCACUACGCCACGUCAUCUAAGACCCCGCAACAAUCGCGAGCCGAGAUCAGCGUCUCCUUCGACGUCCUUAAAUCCAGGGCGCCCUGCAACUUCCUCGUCUUCGGUCUCGGCUACGACUCGCUCAUGUGGGCCUCAUUCAACCCACGUGGCACGACGCUGUUCCUCGAGGAGGACCCCAAGUGGGUCCAGACAGUCCUUAAGGACUCGCCGGAGCUAAGGGCCGAGACCGUUAACUACCGCACGCAGCUGAAGCAGGCGGACGAGCUGCUCUCCUCGUACAAAUCCGAAGCGGCGUGCGCGCCGUCCGAGGCGGUGCUACGUGGCAACGAGAGGUGCAAGCUGGCGCUGAGCAACCUGCCGGAGGAGGUGUACGAGAAGGAGUGGGACUUGAUCAUGAUCGACGCGCCAAGGGGUUACUUUCCCGAGGCGCCUGGUCGGAUGGCGGUGAUAUUCUCGGCGGCGGUUAUGGCUAGGAGGAGGCGGGGGUCAGGUGCGACGCACGUGUUUUUGCACGACGUGGACAGGAAGGUGGAGAAGGCUUUUGCCGAGGAGUUUCUCUGCCGGAAGUACCUUGUUAAGGCCGUCGGGAGGCUCUGGCAUUUUGAGAUUCCCUCGGCCACUAACGGCAGCGACGCACGGUUCUGUUAAAAUGCUUCAGCAUCAGCUAUAUUUUUCUUUACCUUCUGUUUGGAAAAUAAACGAACGUUUCGACAUAACCAUCAAAUUAAGGUCCUGCAGGUGGUCUUUCUUUCUGCUGCGCUUUACCCCAAUUGGCCCAUUUUUACCAAAAAUGAAAUUACAGUUUUAGGUUAAGGACCAAGGAGAGAGAUGAUU